AUAGCUACCUCCAUGGCAGCAGACUACGUGAACAAAAGUCACACGAAGCCGUGGAAAGUGCGGUUUUACCCGAAAAGGUCGCUUUUCAGGAAGGCCGAUCUGAUUGAUAAGGGAUGUACUGUAUUUAUCAAUGAUUGUCCGCGUUCUUACAAGCAAAACCACAUCUGCGCAAGGCAUUACGACGGCCAAUACAAAACAUUCAACAACUACUGCGAAAUGGAGUUUGAGAACUGCAAUAGUUGGAGAAAAUGGAGUAUGGUCAAAAGGGAAAGAUGCUAACAUUAUUUUAAUCCAUUCA